AUGGAAUACAAAUCUGUUUUUGAACUUCGACAGCAUAUAGCAGACAAUGUGACCCCUCCCAAGGGAAGGCAUCGGCCCCCGGUGAGCGGGUGUAGUGGGUCAAGUGUUGAGAGUUCUCCAAGUUCCGGUUAUUCAGGUGAUGCUGGUAUGGAUGCAAUUUUGGACGACCCAACAGCUCUCGUUUGUGAGGUUCCUGGACUCGACAAACUAAGGGCUCUCAGCGUCUCAUUAAAAAAUGAAGAGGCCGUACAAAACUAUGUGGAGGCGCGAAAUCUUUCGGUGGAGGAGGCCACGCGGUACAUUAUGAAUAACGGAAGUACUGGACAGAAGAAGUCUCUGUUUCAGCGGCUGGGCGACACACUUAACGGGUUGGAAAUGACUGCUAUGUCACAAGUGUUGAUGAUUGUCGUUGAUUUUAUGUGGGUGCAGGAUCCCGAGUUGCAGUGCUUUGCCCCUGGAGCACUAUUAGGUGUCCUGCCGCUGCUGAGUAGUUCUGUGGUUAGGGAACUUAUGAUGGUGACUAGCACUAUGCUAAACGUGAAAACCGCAGAAAUCCGAAUAGCGUGGAAUAAACUUUUCCUUGCCUUUGUAGAUCACCUCACCGCGAAGCAACUUGACAAUGACAUGGUUCCACUAGCUCUGAAGAAAGCAGAACAUAUAGAACCACAGGAUCAGCGUGAGCUUAGCUGCGAUCUAAUCGGUGCCGUUUGUCAUCAUCUGCCCCGCGAUAUUGUGGAGCGCAAAUUGCUUAAUAAGGUGCUUGCGCUUUGCCAGGACACUAACGUGGGCGUAAGGCGACAUAUGUGUCAGCAGUUGGGCACAGUUGCCCGUUCACUUGGUGUCGACAAGGCGAAAGAGAAGGUCGCUCAGGAGCUAUUUGAGCUACUUAACGACGAGGAUCAAACUGUGUCACGUGCAGCAUUUUCUUGUUUGAUAGACUUGGUCGAGUUUUUCGGCCCUGCCUAUCGCCGCGAGCGUCUCUACCCGAUAAUAAGGGGGUUUAUAUCUCACCCACCGGAGGAGGUAGUGAGCCUUAUUGUUGGUGAAUUUGGGCGCUUUUUGUGGGAAAUCAAGGCAGACAUUCAGACAAGUGAUGACGUCGCUAUGUUUGCCACAUUUUAUCAGGAUGCAGCGUUGAAGGGGGACGACCACACCCGUUACCGGUGUGCAUACAAUCUACCUUCUGUUGUUGCUUCGCUACCCGUUGAUGUGUUUCCAACCCACUUGGCUCCUUGUUGUGAGGCACUAUCAACCGAUGUUUGUGAGUCUGUUUGUCAGAGCCUGGCUUCUGGAUUGCAUGAAUUAGUCAAGCUUAUCGGUGACCGAGCCGCUGAGUAUUUGCGGAAACCGUUCCUGAACCUCCUCCAUAGUUCUAAAAAGAGUGUCCUGAAGGCCCUCUCCGGUCACACAUGUGUUUUACUUGAUUGCUUCUCCCAGCAACUCAAACCGGCGGACCGUACGGCGUUCUUCUCGACGAUAGAGGAUAUUUUGCUGGACCUUGCCUCCCGUGCUGACAGGGACUGGCGGAUCAUGGAAUACGUGCUGAACAUUCUUUGCUCUUACUACAAGGAGUUGAAUGAGACGUCUUUGCACGAAAAGUUUCUGCCAGUGCUCCUAAGAUAUGAGAAAUAUGGGGCGUACUGUUUGAAAAACCAGUGCGCUGAAAUGUGUAUAAAGAUUUCUGCAGCGCUAUGUAGCGUUAAUAGCAAAGUACAAUUCUUCAGUAAGUUGAACAAUGAGUAUGCACAUAGCCCUCUGGCUUCCGUGCGUCAGGGUUAUCUACGCUUUGUAAGAGCUGCUUGCGGUGAGUUUUCUCGGCGUUUUAUUAGAGAACGGAUGCUUGAAUGCUGUUUUGAGCUUCAACAUGAUAAUAUGGAAGGAGUGCGACUGGAGCUGGCUCGCAUACUGCCGCUGCUGCGGAAGGUGCUGGAACCGUUAACGACAGGCACUGUGCUAGAUGAGUAUCAGGACAUGGUGCGUCGUCUGCAAAUGGAUGACAGUAGUGAGGUGCGUGCUGUGGCAGUUGACAGUGUGGAUAUAAUAGAAGCCCGUGAGCGGGAGUUGAAGCGAGACGCAGGAAAGAACAAAUUCGAAGAAGAAUCCAGGGAGGACAGACGGCGUGAAAUGUCUGAAGGUCAGCUUCUGGACGUAGCGAAAGAAUAUGACAAAGCUGAACGCAGGUCGAAGCUGCGAGACCUCCUCAAAUCUGAGAGGGAAAAGGAGCAAGCGGAAGCUACGCGGAAACUUGGGGUGGGGCGACGAUCAAUGAAACCGAGUUCGGCACAAUCGCAGGUGAAACGGCCACAGCAAAGUCCCGUGAGAGCCCCAAUAGCUGGUCCUUCCCGGCAGAAACGGCAUUAG